AUGACAAAAAGACUAAGUAAGAAACAUCAACAGUCAUCACAGCAAGAUAAAGAUAAAGAUAUUGAUAUUGAUGUACACGAAUUGGCAAGACAAAUAUUUCAAUCAAAAGAAUUUAUUGAGGGUGUAUCAAGUCUGAUUAAAAAAGCUAUUGCACCUUUACAACAACGUGUCAAAUUACUGGAAGAUCGUUUAGAAAAAUUAGAAUCAAGUCAUAAUCAUUUAGCUACAUACGAUCGUCGUCUAAAUCUUCGAAUACAUGGAA